AUGGCCAUGCCUCCCCAGUUACCUAACGGAAAUGGCGCUCUCAAGACCCCAAGAGUGUACUCAGAUGAAGGCGAACGACGGCGGUGCGAGGACCAUGAGGCAGACGUUGUAAUAGUGGGCGCUGGAAUUGCUGGUUGUGCUCUAGCUGUCGCAUUGGGAAAGCAAGGGCGCAGUGUGCUUCUUCUCGAGAGGUGGUUGAAGGAACCAGACCGCAUCGUUGGUGAACUAUUACAACCAGGAGGGGUGCGGGCGCUGGAUCAGCUGGGGCUGAAGCAUUGUCUGGAAGAUAUCGAUGCCGUUGAGUGUCAUGGCAUGGACGUGAUAUAUCAUGGGAACGAGGUACCUAUCCGGUAUCCCAUGGACGAACAAGGGUCGCCGUUCAAAGGCCGCUCUUUUCACCAUGGUCGCUUCAUCAUGCGCCUGCGCGAGUCAGCGAGGGCGACGCCUAAUGUUACCAUUGUUGAGACUACGGCCGUUUCAGUCAUCCAUUCGUCAACGGAUAAUGAGGUUCUGGGAGUCCAAUGCACCACCAAUGGGCAGAAGGAUUACUUUUAUGCCCCGCUGACUUUUAUUGCGGAUGGAUACGCUUCCAAGUUCCGUAAACAGUACCUCCCUACAACACCUCGAGUGAAGUCAAAAUUCUGGGGCCUGGAGCUUAUAGACGCAGAGCUUCCGCGGAAGAAUUUUGGCCACGUCGUAUUGCCAGACGGCCCUCCUGUCCUGCUCUAUCAGAUCGGUACACGCGAGACGAGAAUAUUAGUCGAUAUCCCCGAAAACCUGCCCUCUGCGUCGGUUGAGAAUGGCGGCGUCAAGGGCCAUUUGCGGAAGGUUGUCCUGCCCUCCCUCCCUAAAUGCGUACAGCCUUCCUUCGACAAAGCGCUCGAGAAAGGGGGCCUACGAUCUAUGCCCAAUUCUUUCCUCCCCCCUACCACAAACAAGACGCCUGGACUAGUAUUUCUGGGCGAUUCGCUGAAUAUGCGACACCCAUUAACAGGUGGAGGAAUGACGGUUGCAUUUAGCGACGUUGUCCUCCUCCGCACACUCCUCAGCCCUGAAAACGUCCCUGAUUUCUCCAAUAAACAACAAGUCCUGAAACAAAUGUCUAAGUUCCAUUGGGAACGAAAAGGGUUGACGAGCGUCAUUAAUAUCUUGGCGCAGGCGUUAUACAGCUUGUAUGCUGCAGAUGACCCCUACCUUAAAGUGCUCCAACAAGGCUGCUUCCGCUACUUCCAGUUAGGCCAGGUAGAUGGCCCCAUCGGCCUUCUUGCAGCUGUCACCCCAAGGCCAUGGGUUCUUCUUCGACAUUUCUACUCCGUCGCUUUCCUCUCAAUAUGGGAGUUCAUCCACAGCCAGCCAGGUUAUAUGUUCCCCGUAACAUUUGUCCAAUGUUUUAUCGUCUUCUGGACAGCUUGUCGAGUUAUAUUUCCAUACAUAUUCGCUGAGCUUCGAAGUUGA